AUGCCCUGCAAUGUCAGUGUAGCCAGGGCGGGCUUCGACCCUGAGGACUUGAACCUGACGGACGAGGCGCUGAGACUCAAGUACCUGGGGCCCCAGCGGACAGAGCUGUUCCUGCCCAUCUGUGCCACUUACCUGCUGAUCUUCGUGGUGGGCGCUGCGGGCAACGGACUGACCUGCACGGUCAUCCUGCGCCACAAGGCCAUGCGCACGCCCACCAACUACUACCUCCUCAGCCUGGCCGUGUCGGACCUGCUGGUGCUGCUGGUGGGCCUGCCGCUGGAGCUCUACGAGAUGUGGCACAACUACCCCUUCCUGCUGGGCACCGGCGGCUGCUACUUCCGCACGCUGCUUUUCGAGACGGUCUGCCUGGCCUCGGUGCUCAACGUCACCGCCCUGAGCGUGGAGCGCUACAUAGCCGUCGUGCACCCGCUCCAGGCCAGGUCCGUGGUGACACGGGCCCACGUGCGCCGGGUGCUUGCGGGGGUCUGGGGGCUAGCUGUGCUCUGCUCUCUGCCUAACACCAGCCUGCACGGAAUCCAGCAGCUGCACGUGCCCUGCCGGGGCACGGUGCCCGACUCGGCAGUGUGCACGCUGGUCCGCCCACGGGCCCUCUACAACCUGGUGGUGCAGACCACUGCGCUGCUCUUCUUCUGCCUGCCCAUGGCCACCAUCAGCGUGCUGUACCUGCGCAUCGGGCUGCGGCUGCGGCGGGAGAGGCUGCUGCUGCUCAGGCAGGAGGCCAAGGGCAGGGGUGCUGCCGUCGCCAGGUCCAGCCACACCCGCAGGCUCCAGUUGCCAGAUAGGGGCCGGAGACAGGUGACCAAGAUGCUGUUUGUGCUGGUUGUGGUGUUUGGCAUCUGCUGGGCCCCAUUCCAUGCUGACCGCCUCAUGUGGAGCUUGGUGUCCCACUGGACAGACGGCCUGCUCCUGGCCUUCCAGUACGUGCACGUCGUCUCCGGUGUCUUCUUCUACAUCAGCUCGGCCGCCAACCCUGUGCUCUACAGCCUCAUGUCCAGCCGCUUCCGAGGCACCUUCCAGGAAGCCCUGUGCCUGGGGACACGGUGCUGCCACCACAGACCCCGCCACAGCUCCUACAGCCUCAGCAGGGUGACCACAGGCAGCACCCUGUGUGACUUGGGCUCCCCGAGCAGCAGGGCCCACCCCCUGGCUGAGAACGGUGGCCCAGAGGGACAGUGA